CAUUCAUCUGCAACCAUAACAGCUUUUUAAUAUAUGGGUCUCUGGAAGAACCCACGUUAAAGAACUGGUCUCGAGUCACACAUGUGUCUGUGUCACUUGCUGUUGUUAUCAGUGUAGUGUUUGCUGCAUGUGGAUAUAUGACUUUUACAGGAUACACAGAAGGAGAUAUAUUUGAAAACUACUGUAGAGAUGACAACCUUGCUACCUUUGGAAGGUUUUGUUAUGGAGUUACUGUAAUUCUGACCUUCCCCCUUGAAUGUUUUGUGACCAGAGAGGUGAUUGCCAAUGUGUUUUUCCAUGGGAACCUCUCAACAGUUUUCCAUAUUGUUGUGACAGUAGUUAUCAUUGCUGUGGCGACCGGUGUAUCAUUAGUGUAUGAUUGCCUUGGAAUAGUUUUAGAGCUGAAUGGAGUUCUGAGUGCUACCCCACUUAUUUUUAUCAUCCCAACAGCGUGUUAUCUAAGGCUGUCUAAAGACCGAUGGAACCAUUCAGAUAACCUCAUAUCCUGCCUGAUUCUUGCUGUCGGUGUGCUAGUGAUGACAGUUGGGUUUGUUUUGACUAUCUUGCAUCCCCAGGAAUGUAGCCAUGGAAAAGAAAUGUUCUACUGCUUCCCUAGUAAUGUUUCUUUUCACAACAGUACACUUCCACCCUAG